AUGGCUAACGCCUCUGCCAAGAAGACAGCCUCCCAGAAUGAAACAGUCAUUCAAAAUCUAUUCUAUGGGCAACUCCUGAGUCACCUUCUACCACUUGUCGUGCGAUGGCUGCUCAAGACCCACACGACGAAGAAAGUCGCAUUCUUCUUCACGUUCUCGUUCAUUGUCUCUCAGUUCAUCUACCACCGAUUGGUAAAAAUGGGAACUCCGAAACGUGAUAACACUGGACAAUUGAUUUCUUCGGGAGAGGAUUUGAACCAGCCCGGCGUGACAGAAUGGAUGUUCGACGUCCUCUACGUUGCAUGGGCUACACAAAUAGGGAGCGCAAUAUUCGGAGAGUGGGUAUGGUGGCUAUUCACAGCGAUACCGGUCUAUGUUUUCUACAAAUUGUGGUACUCCUUCAUAUCUCCUGUGCUGUUGGGAAGACCGUCCUCGUCUGGUGCCGAAGAAACACAGGACCCACCAGAGAACCUAAGUAAGAGACAGGAAAAACUCCGAAAACGGAGUGAGCGCGGAGAUUCCAGAGUUGGCAAGGUGCAGAGUGGACGCCGGUGA